UGAUGAGGUCUGUGCCCUAGGCUAGAAAGGGGAGUCUCAUUCCAGUCAUUUCCCUUCUGACAGGAUGGUCUUUGCUUGGUAGUUGAUCUAAGACAUUUCCCUCCAGCACGAUGUCAUCUUUCUCCAGUACAAACGUCUCCUCUUCCUCAUCCACUUCUGUAAGUGACAAUGAAAGCAAAAUAAACCUCUUACUCAGCACCAGCUCCUCUGAACUGCCCUCAAGGCCACAAGCUGAAGAUUUCACCAAGGAGCUGACCUGCCCUCUGUGCCUGGAAUGGUUUAAGGAGGCAGUGAUUUUGCCUUGUGGCCACAACUUCUGCAAACCCUGUAUUGAGGAAAUCUGGGGCAGGGCGGAGGUCUGCCUGUGCCCAGAGUGCCAAGCACAGUCCCCAGAUAGGCAGUACAUAGGGAACAUAGUGCUGGAAAAACUAGUGGAAAAGAUCAAGGGCUUUCAUGUAGGGAAAUGCCAGCAGAAAUGCAGCAAACACGGUGAGCCUCUCAAGCUGUUCAGGAAGAUGGAUGGGAAACUGGCCUGCUUUCUCUGCAGAGAUGCCCAGAAGCCUGAAGAUCAAAGCUCCCAAUUCCUACUCCUCCCAGACGCCGUGCAGCUCUAUGCGGAAAAGCUGAUCUCCACCAGAACUCAGCUGGAGGCCACAGUGCAGGAAUUAAAGAUUCUGAAAAAUGCCCAGCAAGAGAAGAUCUCUUGUCACAAAGAGAACAAAUUUCAUCUUCAGCAUCACAUCUCCUUAGAGUUUCUGAAACUCCACCAGUUCCUUCAUGGAAGGGAGAAAAGAUUAAUGAAUGAGCUGCAAGAGGAGGGGAAAAUCCUCCUCCAAGAAAUGGAGGCAAAUCUAAACAAGCUCCAGGAAAAGUGGAAGCGAGCCAAGGAGACGGUGAUACGCAUUCAGUCCCGACUCUACCAGCACAGUUCUAUCGACUUCCUUACAGGCAUAAAAACCUUCAUGGAACACUUAGAGGAAAAAACAGGCACCUUAUCUCUGGGAGCACUUGUCUGUCAUGAACUGAGCCUGGGACAGUUCAAGGGUCCAAUUCAGUACAACGCAUGGAAGGAAAUGAAAUCCAUCCUUGGACCAGGCCUUUCCUUGGUAACUCUGGACCCGAAGACAGCGCAUCCAAACCUUGUUCUCUCUGAAGAUCUGCGCUGUGUGAGACACGUUGACACAAAGCAGAUGCUCCCAGAUACCCCAGAGAGGUUUGAUUCCAGUGUUGCUGUCCUGGGAUCUGAAGGAUUCACUUCAGGGAAACAUUAUUGGGAAGUGGAGGUGGAGAACAAGACCAAAUGGACUUUGGGGGUGGUCAAAGAGUCCAUCAACCGGAAAGGGAACAACACAUUAUCACCCAGGGAUGGAUACUGGCUUAUAAGACUCAGGAACAGGAAUAAGUUUAAAGCUUUGGAUAUACCUGCGAGAGGUCUGACCCUGAACACUAGCCUGUCUAGGAUUGGGGUGUAUCUGGACUAUGAGGGGGGACAGGUGUCCUUUUAUGAUGCUAAUAAGAUGUCCCAUAUCUACACUUUCAUGGACACUUUCACAGAAAAGCUUUACCCGUACUUCUGUCCCUGCUUGAAUGACUCCAGUGAGAACAGUGAACCCCUGAAAAUCUUCUUCAACAUGUAGGAGCAGAUUUGCUGAUGGCUUCCCCCAUGAAGCAGGUUUCCCUAGACACCAGUAGGUCUGAAACAAGGCUCAUAGAUUUAGUAACUGAUGUUACUAACAAUGUGUUGAAUAUAGCAGGGUGUUUCCCUUCCAACACACCCAGCAUCACAAAUGCUUUUUCUAGCACUUGCUUUGACGGUUUCUUAGGGUUUUCCAGGUUUAGGGGCAGGAGUCUGGGGAGUGGGGAGGGUUUCUGGUAGUGGCUUGGUGAGAGGUUGGGACUUCUGCCAUGAGUAAGUCCUGAUUCAGUCUCACUCUAUUUGUUGAUGGAAAACGUUCUUGAGGCCUGGCAAAUACUCCAAACUUGACCAGGUCCACUGGCUGGGACAGGAUCCAUUGGGCUGGGAUCAUGAAAAUGUGGAAGGUGAGUUGAUCAAGUCCAGGAAGGACUGGGUAGGAAACCAGCAGGGAGCCAGAUCCGAGAGAGUAAUAGAGCCAGCUGCAGGGAAGGGUGAUAUUUGGGCUGAGCUGUCUCCAAGGGGUUACCUAAGGGCAAUGGAGUUGGGGGAGGUAUUUGGGAGAAGGAGCUGAGGAUUAGUAUACUUUUCUUUACUUGUUCUAAGGGUUAAAGAGAUCCUCUUAGGCAAGAAAAGGGUCAACAUUUCCCCUCUAAAUAAUACAGGCUCAAAUGGCCAAGGCUGGGAGAGAAAUGUGCAUUGGGACUCCUUGACUGUAAAAGUUGCUCUUUUAAACCAAAUUUUAUUCCAUUCAGUCUCCUCUUGUCCACCACAAACCAGUACAGAACUCUGCAUAGCAACCAAUACAGAUAGAUUUGUUUUAAAAUAAUACAAUUAGAAGGGGGCAGGAGCAGAAACUAAUGCAAAGAACAGCAGUGAAUUUCUGACAGCUGCACAGAGGCUAUUGCUAAACAUAAAAAGUAGCAAAUGGAGACCAAGAACCGUACUGAAGUUUGAACAGCUAAGAGGUCACUGAAGUCCAUUGGCAUGAGCCAGUUUUUUAAAGGAAUUUAAAAGAACAUCUUUUUUCCAAUGGAAACAAUCUUAAGGGAUGAGUAAGGGAGCACAGAAGCAGUCAAACCAUGUCAUGACUAAAAUACAGGGCAAUGAGAAAGAUAUUAUAGAAAAGAAACACGUUCACUUGAGGCCUGACCCUAUUCUCAUUGAAGUCCAUAGCAAAACUCCCAUAGUGCUCAGUGAGUGUAGAUCAUGGCCAUGGCAAGUAACAAUUGUAGAGCCCUCUAAAGAAGUGUGGAAAUAUUGGAGAACAUAUGAGAAGUGAAAAUGUCCAGAUUCCGGACAUCUAUGAAGGAGCAGAAGUCUUUGAUCUAAUUAGAGCAGAGGUGGGCAAACUAUGGCGGGACCAUCCUGCCUGGCCCCUGAGCUCCUGGCCUGAGAGGCUAGCCCUCGGCCCCUCCCCUGCUGCUUCCCCUCCCCCACAGCCUCAGCUCGCUCGCUCCGCCGCUGGCGCAAAGUUCUGGGCGGCAGCGCUGCAGAACUGGGGCCUGACCCAGUCUCUGAGCUAUGUGGUGGCAGCAGUUGCAUGGCCCAACUCCAGACAGGUGGCGCGGCUGUAGCGCCGUAGCCACCAGUGCUCCAGACAGCAUGGUAAGGGGGCAGGGAGGGUUGGAUAGAGGCCAGGGGAGUUCGGGGUGAUGGUCAGGGAGUGGGGGUGUGGAUAGGGGUUGGGCGGUUGGGGGUGGGAGCAGGGGACUGAAUGGGGGCAGGGGUUCUGGGAGGAAGUCAGGAAGGAGGGAGGAUUGGAUGGGGCAGCAGGGGGCAGUUAGGGGUAGGGGUUCCAGGGACAGGGAGGAGUGGUUGGAUGGGGCAGGGAUCCUGGAGGGGCCAUCAGGAACGAGAAGAGGGGCUGGAUAGGACGGCACAAGUCUGGGGGUGGUCAGGAGACAGGGAGUGGUGUCUGUGGAUGGGGCAGGGGCCCCGGGGGAACCGUCGAGGGGGUUGGAUGGGGCAGGAGUCCCGGGGGGGGGGGCAGAUAGGAGGUGAAGGCCAGGCCACAACCCUCUCCCCUAACUAGCUCUCCAUACAAUUUACAAAACCCGAUGUGACUCUCAGGCCAAAAAGUUUGCCCACCCCUGAACUAGAACCACCUGUCAACACAUUACAAUUUUGUAGUCAUUAACAUUCAGGAAGCCCAUAGAUAUAGAGCAGUGCUUUAGGGUAGCAGUUUUAUCAAAUCUUAAUGACAAAGAAAUAAUUCUCAUCCCUAAAAUUGCUAGAGGAAGUUAAAAUGGACCCCUACAAUUCUGCCAUGAACACUUGGUUUGAUACAAGUGUUACUGAAAUGUUGGGUCUGCCUAGCUGAGAGCCAAUGACAGCCAGACAGGGAUAAGGAAAGGUUGCUUUAUUUUGCAGAAGAAAGGAGAGUUCUAUACCUUGGUACAAAAAAACUUUACUUCAUACAAAAACCAAGAAUCUUUUAUACACACUUACAUACAGGCUUCGGUCGUGCUAGC